AACCAGCGAGCCUCGUUGGGGCACGCUGUGGAUGUGGGCAGCUGAGGCGCACAACAGCUCGUGGACAUGCAGAGCAGUCAGGCAUUGUGGUUGUUGCUGGUUGGCGUGUUAGGGACGCGAACACUAGUUUGGAGGUCAUGGGCGAGCAGGCUGGUUUGGGCGCUGAUCUAGGUAGCCUGGGCGAGCAGAGGGGUGAGCAACCCGUGUGCGAGUGGAUUAGGCAGCCUGGCGUGGAGAUGGGUGAGUAG